AUGCGGUGGCUUUUAGCAGCAGCCUGGUGUAUGCUUCUUCCCGGAUCCAUACACAGCUAUAAGCAAGGGAGCAUCACAAAUCCCGAAGCCUAUAUGAACAUUGUUGCCCCCUUUCAGAGUCAGAUUAUUUCUUACUGGGGCUAUCCUUAUGAAAAGUACGAUGUUGUAACAGAGGACGGUUAUAUCCUCGGGACUUACAGGAUUCCUCAUGGUAAAGGAUGUUCAAGGAAAACAGCUCCGAAGGCAGUCGUGUAUCUACAGCAUGGCUUAGUUGCCUCUGCCAGUAACUGGAUUUGCAACUUGCCCAACAACAGCUUGGCUUUCCUUCUGGCCGAUAGUGGUUAUGAUGUGUGGCUGGGGAACAGCAGAGGAAACACCUGGUCCAGAAAACACCUGAGAUUGUCUCCCAAGUCACCUCAGUAUUGGGCUUUCAGUUUGGAUGAGAUGGCUAAAUAUGAUCUUCCAGCCACAAUAAAUCUAAUCCUGGAGAAAAGUGGACAGAAGCAACUCUUCUAUGUGGGCCAUUCCCAGGGUACCACUAUAGCCUUCAUAGCGUUCUCAACAAAUCCAGAACUGGCUAAAAAAAUUAAGGUAUUUUUUGCACUUGCUCCAGUGGUCACAGUAAAAUACACCAGAAGUCCCAUGAAAAAAUUAACUGCCCUUUCCAGGCAAGCCGUCAAGAUGUUGUUUGGUGACAAAAUGUUCUCCUCUCACACACUGCUUGAACAGUUCAUUGCCACCAAGGUGUGCAACCAUAAGAUAUUCCAUCCUGUGUGCAGCAACUUCAUGUUUUCUCUAAGUGGAUUUGAUCGCCAAAACUUAAACAUGAGUCGCUUGGAUGUUUACCUGGCACAGAGUCAAGCAGGAACAUCUGUUCAGAACAUGCUGCACUGGGCCCAGGCUGUCAAUUCUGGUCGACUCCAAGCUUUUGACUGGGGCAAUGCUAACCAGAACAUGAUGCAUUUCAAUCAGCUUACACCUCCUGUGUACAACAUCACUAAGAUGCAGGUCCCAACGGCCAUGUGGAGCGGAGGACAGGAUGUUGUGGCAGAUGCCCAGGACACUAAAGAUCUGCUCCCUAAAGUCGCCAACCUUAUCUACUACAAGGAGAUCCCACACUACAAUCAUUUGGAUUUUUACCUUGGACAGGAUGCACCCUGGGAAAUUUACCAAGACCUGAUUAGAAUGAUGGAAGAAUAUUCACAAAAUUAA